UAUUUAUAUCAUUCAUCAUUUCACCUUUCAAACACUUGAACAAACCUACACAUAUAUUAAAAAAAAAACGCACACACACAAACAGGCUCUUCCUCUCUAAAAAUAUAAACAACAAUUCACCAAAAUUGUCUGUUAAAUUUAUAUGGGCAAAGCUGGAUGGGGUUCAACGUUAGAUACUUGUGAACCAAUAGAAUUGUGUAACAUGUAUUCGACUGUCACGUCACCACCACCGUCUCCAAAGGUUGUAAAUGAGGUAGACUUUUUCUCCACACGAAAGUCCAAAGAUGAAGAUGAUAAUGAUUAUAAGAUUUUUGUAAAGAAAGAGAGUUCUGAUCAUGGGACGGAAUUAGAUGUAAAUACAGGUUUGCAUUUACUUACUACUAAUAGUGAUCAAUCAUCCGUGGAUGAUGGAGGUUCAUCAACAAGUGAGGACAAACAAGCUAAGAAUAAGUUGACAAUAUUACAAGUUGAGCUACAAAAAAUGAACAUUGAAAAUCAAAGGUUAAGGGAGAUGCUUUUGCAAGUCAGCAACAAUUACGCGGCCUUGCAAAUGCAUAUUGCUAAUGAAAUUCAAAAGCAACAAAAUCAAAAAAAUCAAAAAAAUCAAAAAAAGGAACUAGGUCCCAAUUCUCAUGAUUCUUCGUCCGAAGAAAGAACCCAAUCUGGGUCAACACUACCAAAUGGAGUUGAGUUAUCGAAGAAUGGUGAGAAAAGGGUCAAAAGAACUGGACGGGAGGACACCCCGGAUUCAGAUGGCUGGGUUGCUAAUAAAAUGCCAAAGUUGAAUGGUACAAAGAAUGUUGAACCACCAAAUGAUUCUACAAUGCGUAAAGCUCGUGUUUCAGUACGAGCACGUUCAGAAGCAUCCAUGAUUACGGAUGGUUGUCAAUGGCGAAAGUAUGGUCAAAAAAUGGCUAAAGGGAACCCGUGUCCACGUGCCUACUACCGAUGCACGAUGGCUGUAGGCUGUCCGGUUAGAAAGCAGGUACAAAGAUGUGUUGAUGAUCAAACAAUUUUGAUAACAACAUAUGAAGGAACACAUAGCCAUACUCUACCACCAGCCGCGUUGGCAAUGGCAUCCACUACAUCAGCCGCGGCUAGCAUUCUACUCUCGGGCUCAAUGUCAAGUGCUGACAAUAUGAUGAACCCGAAUCUGCUAGCCCGGUCAAUUCUACCUGGCUCCUCAAGCAUAGCUACAAUAUCUGCCUCUGCACCAUUUCCAACGGUCACUUUGGACUUAACCCGUAACCCAAAUCAGUUUCAUGGAAAUAAUAAUAAUUCUAGCCCGUUUCAAGUUCCACAUCAAGGGCAUAUCUUAUCACAAAAUUUGGGACAAACUAUGGCAAUGCCGUUGCAAUCAAUUUCUGCAAACGGGGUAGAUGUAACUCGCUACAACCAAUCAAGAUUCUCGGGUCUCCAAUUGUCUCAUAAUAUAGAAUCCAAUCAUCAGCUAGUAGCUCACCAAGCUACACCAAUAUCACAAUUGAUCAACAAUGUUCAUCAACAACAGCAACAUACUACAACGUUUGCCGAUUCUGUUAGUGCUGCUACAGCCGCCAUCACUGCAGAUCCAAACUUUACUGCGGCUCUAGCGGCUGCGAUCUCCUCCAUCAUGAAUGGUGGCAACACCGCAGCCACUCAGGCGACAUCCCAAACCAGCCCUGCGGUCAACAAUAACAAAGCUAGCGAUUUCCUAGGGAAAUGAACAUUUGCAUAGCUUAUAAUCAUUCUUUUCUUCGUUUAGCCACCAUUUUUUAGCUAUCAGUUAUACGUACUUAUAAUGUUAAUUACCACUUCUUUUUCUUUUAUUUAAUUUCGUAAAUUUUGUAAUAAGGUACAUCCUUUCCUUUAACACGUAAAAAAUAUUAUUAUGCGUUCGUUGUA